AUGGGCAGGGAUGUGGAGACGUCGGAGCGGGCGUACGGGUAUGUCCGCAAGGUUUCCGGUCCAGUGGUGGUGGCCAGCAGCAUGAGUGGGUCCGCCAUGUACGAGCUGGUGCGUGUGGGAGCUGACAAGCUCAUCGGGGAGAUCAUCCGCUUGGAGGGCGACACCGCCACCGUCCAGGUGUACGAGGACACCUCUGGCCUUACUGUUGGGGACCCCGUCACCAGGAACGGCAAGCCGCUGUCGGUGGAGCUGGGCCCGGGCAUCAUGGGCACCAUCUUUGACGGCAUCCAGCGCCCGCUCAAGUCCAUCGCCAUCGACUCCGACUCCUGCUUCAUUCCGCGCGGCGUGGACGUGCCCGCCCUGGACCGCACCAAGGCCUGGCAGUUCGACCCGCUGGCCUUCAAGGUGGGUGACCGCAUCACCGGCGGCGACAUCUACGGCGAGGUGCACGAGAACACGCUGAUGCAGCACAAGAUCCUGCUGCCCCCCGGCGCGCGCGGCACGGUGACCUACAUCGCCCCCGCCGGCGAGUACACCAUCACCGACCCUGUGAUCGAGGUGGAGUUUGGCGGCGCGAAGAAGGAGUACAGCAUGCUCCAGCUCUGGCCCGUGCGCGCGCCGCGCCCCGUGGCCCAGAAGCUGCUGGCCAACACGCCGCUGCUGACGGGGCAGCGCGUCCUGGACGGCCUCUUCCCGGGCGUGCUGGGCGGGACCUGCGCCAUCCCGGGCGCCUUUGGCUGCGGCAAGACCGUCAUCAGCCAGGCGCUGAGCAAGUACUCCAACUCGGACGGCAUCAUCUACGUCGGCUGCGGCGAGCGCGGCAACGAGAUGGCCGAGGUGCUCAUGGACUUCCCCGCCCUCACCAUGACCCUGCCCGACGGGCGCGAGGAGUCCAUUAUGCAGCGCACCACCCUGGUGGCCAACACGAGCAACAUGCCGGUGGCGGCGCGCGAGGCCUCCAUCUACACGGGCAUCACGCUGGCCGAGUACUUCCGCGACAUGGGCUACAACUUCUCCAUGAUGGCGGAUAGCACGAGCCGGUGGGCGGAGGCGCUGCGCGAGAUCUCUGGCCGCCUGGCGGAGAUGCCCGCCGACUCGGGCUACCCAGCCUACCUCUCCGCGCGCCUGGCCUCCUUCUACGAGCGCGCGGGGCGCGUCAAGUGCCUGGGCUCCCCCGCCCGCGAGGGCAGCGUGACCAUCGUGGGUGCGGUGUCCCCCCCCGGCGGCGACUUCUCCGACCCCGUGACCACCGCCACGCUGAGCAUCGUCCAGGUGUUCUGGGGCCUGGACAAGAAGCUGGCCCAGCGCAAGCACUUCCCCUCCGUCAACUGGCUGAUCUCCUACUCCAAGUACACCAAGGGGCUGGAGCCCUUCUACGACAAGUUCGACCCCGACUUUGUCAGCGUGCGCAAGUCCGCGCGCGAGAUCCUGCAGAAGGAGGACGACCUGAACGAGAUCGUGCAGCUGGUCGGGAAGGACGCGCUGGCGGAGGGCGACAAGAUCACGCUGGAGACGGCGCGCCUGAUCAAGGACGACUUCCUGCAGCAAAACUCCUUCACGCCGUAUGACAAGUACUGCCCCUUCUACAAAUCGGUGGACAUGCUGCGCAACAUGAUUGCCUUCCACAACGCGGCCAACGCGGCCGUGGAGCGCUCCGCCUCCUCUGCCUCCGACGGCAGCAAGCUGACCUUCAACGUGAUCAAGACGCGCCUGUCGGACGUCCUGUACAAGCUCAGCUCCCAGAAGUUCGAGGACCCGGCCGAGGGCGAGGAGGCGCUGCGGGCCAAGUUUGCCGCCCUCAGCGACGAGAUCAAGGACAGGUUCAGGACGCUGGAGGAGGAGUACCGCUGA